AUGCCCGACACAACGACUUCACCGACAGGAUACGCCAAUCUCCUCAUGUCUCAAAUUUCUCCACAACAUUCUUUUAAUUCACAACUUAAUUCCGGCGGCUCACAUAAUUUUCAAAAUACCCGGCGUGAUUGCGAUACCAAUAAUACCUCUACCAUAUUGCCCGAAGGGCUCUGGGCUCUUCUUGAUCAGGGUCGUUUAUCUCCCAAUGAUCCUGACGUCAACAUGAUCUCACAAUUGAGGCGAGAGAUAUCGGAACUCCAGCACACAGUCGCCUUUCUCCAGUCGGAGAAAACACAACUCGUCAAUGAAAACUUGUGUCUGAACACAAAAUGCGAAACAUUGCAGACCAUACUUGUUAACAGUCGAGGUUCUGCCAGCUCGACUGCAUCAAGUUCUUCUUUGUCGGUUGCAAGUGACAGUACUGCGGAUCGAAAACCUACUCUUCUGGACGUCGCUCGUGAAGAUUCUGAUCAUGACCUCAACGCAAUUGAUUACCCACUGGUCAGAUCAUGGACGAAGAAAGACUGGCAGGAGAACAUGCCGUCAAGUACAUCAGCCAAUCCUGGAUCCUCUGGGAAAAAGCGAGGAGCCACACGCAUGGCACGAGGCAUCAAUGUAGCAUGUACCUACCUGCAAGACCAAGCUGGCCAGCCGGUGUCUGCACAACGGGCAAAAACCAUCCGUCUUUUCAUGCUGUCAUGUUUUCGACAACUCGAAUCUCAAGGUCUCGCGCCCGAAUCCAUCGGCCAAGCAUCGCUCAAAGUCCUACAUUGGCUUAUUCACAUGCUACGCAAACAUUACAUUGAACUCCGUCUAUGCGCUGACAAUUGGAAAGCUAUGAAAUUAAUGAUCGACAACUAUUCCCAAUGGUACAACUACCACGUCGUCAAGAAACAAACUAGCGGUCAUGUCAAGUCCGAAGACAUAGAGACUGCCGACGAUGACAACAACAUUACCCCUCCUUCUUCCUCACCAUCUGCGACACCUGCUGUUACCCCUCCUUCUUCCUCACCAUCUGCGACACCUGCUGUUACCCCCCCUUCCUCAUCUUCUUCAACACCUGCGGCUACCCCUCCUUCCUCAUCUUCAACUUCUCAUAAACGAGUUAACGUUGAUAUCGACCCUGUUGCAGAACCAGCGUUGAAAAGACAACGAGUCGAAGUGGAGGACCUCUCACCUUCACCUCUUUUAACUGGCCCUGAUAAUGAUUUGUAUAUUGCACCAAUUAUGCCACCUGCCUCACCCCGCACUGAGAACGAAAUCCCGCGACACGCAUCACCAGAACGUGAACCAACCCCACCUCCCCGUACCAACAAAGGAAAAGAGAAGGAAGUGAUUACUGUGGAGGUCAACAAUCCUCUUUCUAAUCUUGUCUUCAAACCUCGCCCCAAGCCAAUCCCAAAGAAAGCUCCUGCCUCCAUCGACUCUGCCACUUCUGGAACGACUAGCGCCGAGCCGACUAUCAUCACCCCUCCAUCCAAUGACCCAUCGGAUACCAACGCAGCUUCCCUCGCUGUCAAGAUGGAACUCCUGGUAGCGACCCCCACGGAGCCCAUUCCCGGUGCAAUCAACUCGAAGGCCCAACCUGCAAAGAAGCGUCAGCCGAGCACAAAGCCCAUGCGUGUGAGCUCGAAGAUCACGGCGCGGAAUCUUUGUGCCCUCGAAUGGCAAUCGAACGGCCAUCAGAAAGAACCGGCAAGCGUCUUUGCAACCUACUGGAACAGUCUAUCGAAGACUGACAAAGAGGUAUACAAGCACAAAGCGGCUCUACAGCUCGGCUCGGCUGGACCCACUGAAAGGAACGGCGCCGGCGAUGAUGCAGACGAGGAGUAG